AUGGAGCAUCUCAAACACACAUUCGCCCAAUGCAGAGCCCACUCUCGGCCAGCGCUGGUCACAUAUGUGACAGCCGGUUUCCCAACAGCGGAGGAAACACCGGAUAUCAUGCUCGGCUUGGAAGCAGGAGGUGCAGAUAUCAUCGAACUCGGUAUCCCCUUCACGGACCCCAUCUCCGACGGCCGCACGAUUCAGAAAUCAAAUCUCAAGGCCCUCCAGAACGGGGUUACAAUCUCCUCCAUGUUAGAUAUGGUGCGGACGGCACGCGGACAGGGGCUGAGAGCGCCCGUCCUCUUCAUGGGAUACUAUAAUCCCAUCCUGCAGUAUGGGGAAGCCAAGCUCCUCGCUGAUUGCAAAGAGGCGGGUGUCAACGGAUUCAUCAUCGUCGAUCUACCCCCGGAGGAAGCGGUGCGGUUCCGCAACGGGUGUGCGAAGACUGGGCUUUCGUAUGUCCCGUUGAUCGCGCCCUCGACGUCUCCGGAUCGCAUGAAGACUCUCUGCAGCAUAGCCGACUCCUUUAUCUACCUAGUCUCCCGGAUGGGCGUGACGGGCGCCACGGGGACGCUGAAUACGGAUCUCCCGCAGCUGAUCGCGAAGGUGAAGGAACUGUCUGGCAAUGUUCCCGUGGCUGUCGGAUUCGGGAUCAGCACCCGCGAGCACUUUCUGAGCGUCACCUCUAUCUCGGACGGAGCGGUUAUUGGGAGUCAUAUCAUCGAGAUCCUAGCGAAUGCGCCCGCAGGACGCGCAGCAAAGGCAGUACAGGAAUAUUGUGCAGAAAUCACGGCCAGGAAAUCGAUUGAAAACAGUCCUGCUCCUACACCGGCCACACCAGCGCCAUCAGCAGCGUCCGCAUCACAACCAAAACCAACCCCAACCAUAUCGCACACCCCAGACCCCACCACCGGCCGCUUCGGCCCCUUCGGCGGCCAAUACGUCCCGGAAGCCCUCACCACCUGCCUCACGGAGCUCGAAGCCGGCUUCACCGCCGCCCUCCACGAUCCCUCCUUCUGGGCCGAGUACCGCUCCCACUACGCCUACAUGGGCCGACCAUCGAGCCUGCACCUCGCGGCCCGCCUCACCCAGCACACCGGCGGCGCCAACAUCUGGCUGAAGCGCGAAGACCUGAACCACACGGGCUCGCACAAGAUCAACAACGCGCUCGGCCAGAUCCUGCUCGCGCGGCGGCUCGGCAAGACGGAGAUCAUCGCCGAAACGGGCGCGGGGCAGCACGGCGUCGCGACGGCGACGGUCUGCGCCAAGUUCAACAUGAAGUGCACGGUGUACAUGGGCGCCGAGGACGUGCGGCGGCAGGCGCUGAACGUGUUCCGGAUGCGACUGCUGGGCGCGACGGUUGUGCCUGUGGAGGCGGGGUCGCGCACACUGCGCGAUGCUGUAAACGAGGCGUUCCGCGCGUGGGUGGAGAGGCUGGACACCACGCAUUAUAUUGUUGGUUCGGCGUUCGGGCCGCAUCCGUUCCCGACGAUCGUGCGCACGUUCCAGUCGGUUAUUGGGGCGGAGACGAAGGAGCAGAUGGCGAGGGAGAUUGGCGGGCUGCCCGAUGCGGUGGUCGCGUGUGUCGGCGGCGGCUCGAAUGCCGUGGGCAUGUUUUAUCCUUUCGCGCAGGAUGAGACUGUGCGGCUGGUUGGCGUCGAGGCGGCUGGAGAAGGGUUGGAGACGGACCGGCAUUCGGCAACACUGUCGGCGGGGUCUGUUGGCGUGUUGCAUGGUGUUCGCACGUAUGUACUGCAGAACGAGCAUGGCCAGAUCUCCGACACGCAUUCCCUGUCUGCUGGGCUGGACUACCCCGGUGUUGGGCCGGAAUUGGCCAACUGGAAGGAGACUAGCAGAGCGACGUUUCUGGCAGCGACGGAUGCCCAGGCGCUGCAGGGUUUCAGACUGUUGAGUCAGUUAGAAGGGAUCAUCCCAGCCCUUGAGACCUCCCAUGCCGUCUGGGGGGUGAUAGAGACGGCCAAGCGACUUGGUCGUGGGAAGAAUGUGGUGCUUUGUCUAAGCGGUAGAGGGGACAAGGACGUUCAAAGCGUGGCAGACGAGCUGCCCAAACUUGGUCCUCAAAUUGGCUGGGACCUGCGAUUCUAG